AUGCGCAAGUGCUUGCAGACCAACCAAACACCAUCUUGGAUCUUGGCAUUAAGUGUACUGGGCAUUGUGUCCAUCUAUGGCCUUUGGUACGGAAACUCAUCGAGCAAGAGCGAAAACCAUACCCUUGCUCGCAAAUCCACGGGCGGCUUUGACACAAUUCAACCCGAUGUGUCCAUCGCGAUAGCCACCACGAUCCUACAUCCCGGGCCUACUCUUCCGACUUGGCUCGAGUAUCAUUUGCGCUGGGUGGAGCACGUAGUGAUAUACAUGGACGACCCGGAUGAGCGUCCCACCUUUGAGCGACUGUGCAAGGACAAACCCGUCACGCUCUUGAAUGGAUCGCAGGUCGAGCCUCGGAUGACGCCGGAAAGUCGCCUCAUCAGGCGCCAAAUGGCCAAUAUGAGGCAUGCAAUCACCUACCUGAUAGAGCGUGGCUACACCUGGCUCCUCCACAUGGACCUGGAUGAAUUGCUAUAUGGGCCUCUACUAGAGUCCUCUGCAUGGGCUCGUGACCCCGGGGUAGGCCUCGUUACCUUCACCAAUUAUGAGGCCCUUCCGGUCGCUUUCGAAACCGUGGAUCCAUUUAGAGACUGCGUGUUCUUUUGGGUGAACGGGGUGGAGCACAACGCCAACUUCUUAGCCUACGGCAAUGGCAAAAGCGCAGUCCGCCUGGGGUCCACCGUUGAGCCAAGAGGGGCUCACUCAUUUUCUGGGCACACCGGCAGGGUAUUGACCCCUUCCGUGGAGGAGGCAAUCGUGUUACACUACCCGUAUCCUUCAUAUGACAGCUGGUUACGCAAGUUUAACCAUUACGGUCGCUUUUCUGACAACUGGUUUGGCGACCGCUGGGCACCCAAGAUUAUGGACUUUAUGUUGAACUCACGAGACGUGGUACAGAAAGCCCAUCAGAAUGGUGACUGGGCUAAUGUAAAGGCGUUCUUCUCCGAACGAGUCCUGGAUCUCAAGUCCGUGGAGGAGGCCGUUUUGCACGGCAAAAUUCGUCGCUAUAUGCCUCUCGCAGACUUUGCAGAGCACGGAUGA